AUGCCAGCUGAAUGUGCAGGAUACACAGUGACAAUGUUCCUCAUUGACGUCUCUCCAUCAAUGGGUGCAACAAGAUCUGUAGAAUUACCCCCUAUGCCCAAUGAGGAGCAGUGCAUCACAGAGAUGACUAACCUUGAAUGGGCAUUGCAAUUCAUAAAGCUCAAGAUCCAAGAAAUGAUUUUCAAUGGCCGCAAGACUGACCGAUGCGGCAUCAUCCUAUUUGGCUCCGAAGAAACAGAUAACAUCAUUCACAAAAAGAACGGUGGAUACCAACACGUAUCAGAAUACAUUCCCAUUACACAUCCCAGCUCAGCCACCCUUGCCAAGCUCAAUGCCCUCCAGCCCUCAGAGCACUCAGGAGAUCCUAUCGACACUCUCAUCAUCAGCAUCGAAACACAAGACAUCUACCUCAACAAGAGGUGCACAUGGAUGUGUAAAAUUGUCAUCAUGACAGAUGGCCAGAGUCCCAUGGAAAUCGAGGACUGGGAGGCGACUGUUUAUAAAAUGAAUGCCAAUGCUAUAUCUCUCACUGUCAUUGUCGACUUUGAUGACAACAAAUUCCCUUUCCACGAGGAGGAUAAGUCUACCAUCAAGGUUGAAAAUGAAGCAUUUUACCACAAACUCACCUCAGCACUUGACAACAGCCUGGCUGGAACAUGUGUCUUUGCUCUCCAAGAAAUUGCCAGACCAGACAUGAAGCAAACCAAAUCUGCACUCAUGAGCACUGUUCUCCGCCUUGGUGAUGUCACUGUGCAACCAGAGGAAGCCAUCAAAAUCCUCGUCAAAGCUAGCAAAUGCACAACCCUCACACAUCCCAAGAGCUGGAAGAAAUUUGGCCGACGCGAAAAAACUGAUGACCAAAUGCAAGUCGAUGAGGAGGAAGACAUGAUGGUGUUUGUGCAGCUGAAGGUGCGUAGUGAGUACUACAUCGAUCACUCAACUAAGGAGAGAGAAGAACAGGAUAAGAUGAAUAUGGGCAGUGACGAUGAGGAAGACAAUGACAAGAACCUCGAAAUGGUGCAGAAGGAACAGCUCAUCAGGGGCUUCAAAUACGGCUUCACAUACACCCCGUGCCCUGAUGGGCAGUUCCGAUGCUUGAACACAAGAAAGGGCAUCGACAUUUGCAGGUUUUUCCAUGCAAAGAACUUCCACCAGGAGCUAGCAAUGGGUGAAGUCCAAUAUAUAUGGGCAGACCCCAGUGCACCACAGCAGCAGGUCGCGCUCUCAUCCAUCGUACAAGCCAUGUAUGAGAAAGGUGUCCUUGCUAUCAUGCCCUUCACAGACGACAUCCAGAAAUACACCUUUGCCUCCCUUGAGAAGCUUGUAUCAAAAAACGGCGAAUCAGUCACAAAGCACCCUUACAUCCCCACAGAAGAUCAGCUCGAAGCCAUGGGUAAAUUUAUUGACACCAUGGACAUCAUGGAUUCAGGGGAGAAAGACGAUGAGGGGUACAUUUUCGAUUCACCAGAAAUGCCCAAGAAAGCCACAAAGGUCUGCAAAGAUGGCCACAUCCACACCAUGGACGAAGACGAAGACAUGCUCCUCCUCGACAAAAAACCAGCCACAUUGCGCAAAGGCAAAGAACUUGCCACAUCCCAAGUACCUGUCGAAAAGAAGCUGUUUUGUCUCUUUGCACUGGCGCUCAACCUGCCUGAAAUGUAUUUCAACGACACGACCAUCUAUUCAGCUGCUACAAUGUGUACCCUUCACUAUCCACCUCAGCCAGAUUCUGCAGACGAUAAAAUACUGGGAAUAGGAGCUCAUACUGAGUGA